AUGGCACAUAAUAUGCAUUCACCCCCCUUUUCACCACCCUACUCUGAGGAUGACAAAAUCACUAGCUUUGCCACCCUUUCCAAUGGCUCUACCCCUAUUGUUGGCUUCUUUCCUAACACCAACAACAGUGAUAAGCCUUCAGCGUUACUGCCACCAACAUCACCAUCACCAACACCUUCAUCACCUUCCCUUGUUACCCCUAGUGAGCUAGAUGUGCUUUUCCAUGAACCAGACGAGCAAAUGCAACCACAACCUGCUGGGAAGCCCAGAGGGAGGCCACCUGGGUCAAAAAAUAAGCCCAAGCCAGCCAUGAACCGUCACCAACCCAUGCUCUUGACUGUUCCCGCUGGCAUGGACAUUGUCAAUGCCAUCAUCGAUGCCACUCAUAACCAAGAUGUCACCGUCAUGGUGUACCAUGCUAUGGGUUCCAUUUCUGAAGCUACCAUUUGCAACCCUCUCGAUCGUUCCCGUGAUUUUUUCUUCCAGGGAAACUUGUUCAUGCGGUCUUUCUCGGGCUUUUACUCCAAGAGUUUUUCACCUUCUCACACCCCUUAUUCCUUUUUCACAGCUCAAGUCUCCAGGGCAGGGACUCCCAACAUCUUUGGUGGUCGUGUUCGAGGCAAACUUAUUGCUGCUAAACCUCUGCAAAUUAUGGUUUUUUUCAUCAAGAAGAUCGAGUACUAUAAGGCCAUGACUCCCUUUAUCGAUCCAAAUGUGACCAAGCCUUAUUAUAACAACCCCACCAAUUGA